AUGCGCGUCCUCCUCGUGUCCGAAAACGUGCCGCCGCAGGUCAACGGCAUCGCCCGCCGGGUCGGGAAGUAUGCGGACGGCCUUCGCGAGCGAGGCUGCACAGUCACGCUCUGCCACCCGGGGUCUGAGUGCUGCUGGGCCUUCGCAAACCCUUGGAACUUUAGCGCUUCGAUGAUGGUGUUGCGGCCGCUGGCCUUCGUCGAGCUCGCCCGCCAGCGCUGGGACGUUGUUCACGUCGUAAUGCCUCUCAACCUCUCCGGAGUCUGGCUCCUCGCCGCCUUCCGAUUCCUGCACCUCUUUGGCGCGGACGCGCCGCGGCUGGUCGUCUCGCACUGCAACCUCGGCGCGUACAACGAGUCCAUAUUCCCCGCCGGGCUCACCUGGAUCACGGAGGGGCUAUGCACAGCGGUCUUCUGCCCGUCAUGUGCAUGUCUAUAA